GCUGGAAUGCGCGUGCGGCGGCGGGGACGGGAGGGGCCCGCGCCUUCCCUUGUGCCGGCGGGCGCCGCGGGGGAGCCGCCGCGGCCCCGCGCCUCGACAAGUUUCGGAGCCGCCCGGUCCUUUAUGAGCACGGAGCCUCAGCACCACGUUCACGGCUCCGGCUCCGUAUCCCUCCGCGCCGAGCGCCGCCGCCUUAACCCUUGCCGCGCCGCUCCCGGCCGGGGCGGGCGGGGAUCCACGGACACCCCCGGGAGCCGCCCCGGCAGCCGCCUCGCCCCGGACGCAGCGCCGGGACACCCCAGCAGAUGGGGAGAAGCGGGUCCCGUCGGGCCGCUCAGGGAAACACGCACCCCGCGGGAACAGACCCCUCCCCACCGCUCCCCAACUCAGCCAAACCGACAGCAAACCUCGACAUGCAGCACUGCCGGCAAUGCACGUGCCCCAAAAGACAUUAUCGCACUCACCCUGAAUUCACAUACCCUACAAUAUGUCUUAAUACUUUCAAUAUAUCAAUACAAAGUCUUACUGCUCAAAAUAAAAUGGCAUAUAAAUUACAUAAAUCUUUAA